CGCGGCACUAGCAGCGUGUGGUGUGGGGUUACGGAGAGCGGAGUCAUGUCUGGCAGAGGCAAGGGCGGGAAGGGGCUCGGCAAAGGCGGCGCCAAGCGCCACCGCAAAGUGCUGCGCGACAACAUCCAGGGCAUCACCAAGCCGGCCAUCCGCCGCCUGGCUCGGCGCGGCGGCGUCAAGCGCAUCUCGGGGCUCAUCUACGAGGAGACUCGCGGAGUGCUGAAGGUGUUCCUGGAGAACGUGAUCCGCGACGCUGUCACCUACACCGAGCACGCCAAGAGGAAGACCGUGACAGCCAUGGACGUGGUCUACGCCCUCAAGCGCCAGGGCCGCACUCUCUAUGGCUUCGGCGGUUAAACUCAAAUCGCAAACAUUGUAUUGUUAAAACACAAAGGCUCUUUUCAGAGCCACCCACAAAAUUCACAACGAGAGCUGUGCAUUACUGAAUUCUUAAAAUCCAAGUCUUGAAUACUGUGCUUAAUACAACAUUUAAAAUUGCCUUAGAAAAAGCUACUGCAAAAUACAACAGGAAAGUUGGUA